AUGGCCACAUUUGUCCUUAUUGCUCAUUGGUUGGCCUGCUUAUGGUAUGCUAUAGGCAGUUGGGAACGCCCUCAGCUCCACGCUCCAAUAGGAUGGCUGGAUGCUCUCGCCAAUGAUGUCCAAGCUUCUUAUGACAACUCCACUGGUCCAUCCAUGAGAUCUAGAUAUAUAACCGCUUUAUAUUUUACGUGCACAUCGCUAACAAGCGUUGGUUUUGGGAACGUCGCGCCAAACACAGAUAUGGAGAAAGGAUUCACGAUAUUUGUUAUGCUGGUUGGCUCACUAAUGUACGCCAGUAUCUUCGGUAAUGUAUCGGCUAUUAUACAAAGAUUGUAUUCGGGGACGGCUCGUUAUCAUACACAGAUAUUAAGAGUACGAGAAUUUAUUCGUUUUCAUCAGAUAACGAACCCUUUAAGACAAAGACUGGAGGAAUAUUUCCAACACGCUUGGAGCUACACGAACGGUAUUGAUACGUCCAGCUUACUCAAAGGUUUCCCGGAGUGCCUCCAAGCGGACAUCUGUCUUCAUCUUAACAGGAACUUGCUCGCGAAUUGCUCAGCUUUUGAUGGUGCUAGUCCAGGUUGCUUAAGAGCCCUGUCAUUAAGGUUUAAAACGACACAUGCGCCUCCUGGUGAGACCUUGGUGCAUCGUGGAGAUGUUCUCACCUCUCUUUACUUUAUAUCAAGAGGGUCUAUAGAAAUUCUGAAGGAUGAUAUUGUUAUGGCUAUACUAGGUAAGGAUGACAUUUUCGGCGAGAACCCGUGCAUAUACGGCACAGUGGGGCGCAGCAACUGCCGCGUGCGUGCGCUCACCUACUGCGACCUGCACCGCGUGCACCGAGACGACCUGCUCGACGUGCUCGACUUCUACCCAGAGUUCCGCUCCUCCUUCGUCAACAAUCUCGAAAUAACAUACAAUAUGAGAGAUGAAGAGUUGGGUGGUAUCGAGCCGAAGCGUCGCAUGCGCUAUGAGAACCCGUGCGAUGCACGCUUGCUUCGGGAGGCAUAUGCACGAACUACACGAAGGCCGCACACUGAAACGUUCGCGGAAAAAGUUGACUCGCAAUGCAGUGACGACGACACGGAGUCCCCGGCCAGCCGCGGCAUCUUGGAGUUCUCUGCGGACAAGGCUGGCCAGGACGUCACCCCGCUCAACUUCAACUUCAGUAAACAGCGGUCAACCACUCUCAACUCUAUCACCGCGCAAUCUACGCCUCAAACGUAUAGAAGUCGAGCGGGGGUGCGUCGCCAGUCGUCUGUGGGGCCGCUGAACGAUACGUCGCCGCUGACGGGGUGCGCGGCGGCGGGCGAGCCAGCCGUGAGCACGCCGGCACACAGCGCUACGCUUCCCGUGUCCAGUCUCAGCACCAACCCCAGCUCGUACUACACGAAUGCGUCCCCGUCACCACCCGCCGCGCCUGCGCACCAGCACGUCUCCUGUGACGAUAUUCUGGCGCCCAGCGCGCCCGCCGCCGCGCGUACGCCCUCUUGUCGCUCCGCGCCACACUCCGCCGUCAACCUGCACCAGCCUACCUGCAAUGGCGGCCGCCCAGUUGCCCUCGCUCUGUCCCAAGACAAAGCACAAAAUGCUGCAAACGCACAGGAAAGUAUGUCGCCACAGUAUCAAAAUGUCGGAUCUGCUGCGACGGCAGCGUCGGUAGCAACUGUACUUACAAGACUGGAAGAGUUAAGUCGUCGUGUAGCCGUGUUGGAGUCUGGGCUCACCGCAGAUGUGCGACGUAUCCUGCAGUUACUGCAGGCACGCGAAGGCACUACACACCACAACGCGCAACCAGCUCACACUCCUUCCACAGUGUUACCAAAGGCGUCUCUCUCGGUACCUCAAACGAACGAGUGGGAGUGGAACUGGAACGGGGAGCGAGAGCGUGAGCGCGGCGGGCGGUACGGGCGCGGCGAGCGUGGUGAUCGCACGCCGGGCGUGCAGCGGUCGGCGUCGGAGCCGCACGCGCCGUUGCCGCCCGCGUUGCCGCCGCCGCCGCACUCGCACUCGUUCUACAGGUAG